AUGGACCUUGACUUGCAUUCUUGUGCCCGUUUACUCCAAUCAUUCAACACCCACCAUUGCAAACAACUCCACCUCCUUUUCCUCAAAAGGGGUGUCCUUAAUUCGGCUAUUACAAUCACUAACCGCAUCCUACAGGCGUAUGUAAGAUGUGGCCACUUGACAGAUGCACGAAAACUGUUUGAUGAGAUGACUCAAAGGAACCCUUUUAGUUGGAAUGCCAUGAUUGAGGGCUAUAUGAAAGUGGAAGACAAAGAAGAAUUGUUGGGGUUGUUUUACUCAAUGCCCCACAAGAACGAUUUUUCGUGGAAUAUGGUGAUUUCGGGUUUUGUCAAAAGGGGUGAGUUAGAGAUAGCACGAGGCUUGUUUAAUGAGAUGCCGACAAAGAAUGGGGUUGCGUGGAAUUCUAUGAUUCAUGGAUAUGCACAAAAUGGGUGCCCAAAAGAGGCUUUGAAACUGUUUAAAGAUUUGAAUUGUGAUCCAGUUGAAGUGUCGCACAGAGAUGCAUUUGUUAUGGCAACGGUUGUUGGUGCUUCUAGUGAUUUAUUGGCUCUUAAUUUGGGGAGGCAAAUUCAUGCUCGUAUAGUUGUUGAUCUACUGGACUUUGAUUCGGUUUUGGGAAGUUCACUUGUUAAUAUGUAUGGGAAGUGUGGUGAUAUGGAUAGUGCAAGUCAUGUUCUGAAUUUCAUGGAAGAUCCAGAUGACUUCUCUCUGUCAGCAUUGAUUUCUGGAUAUUCAAGUUGUGGCAGAAUAAGUGAUGCAAGAAGAAUUUUCAAUAUUAAAAGUGAUUCAUGUGUUGUGGUAUGGAACUCUAUGAUCGCAGGAUACAUUGCCAACGAUGAAGAGAUGGAAGCAUUGGUUCUCUUUUGUAAGAUGCGGAAAAAGGGUGUUAAGGAAGACUCCUCUACUUUUGCCAGUGUUUUAACUGCAUGUAGUCGGUUAGGAGUUCUUGGAAUUGGUAAACAGAUGCAUGUUCAUGCUUUUAAGUUUGGCGUCAUUGAUGAUCUUAUUGUCUCUAGCACUCUAAUUGACAUGUAUGCCAAGUGUAGAAUCCCUACUGAUGCUUGCAAAUUAUUUAGCGAGCUCAAAGUGUAUGACACAAUUUUGCUCAAUUCUAUGAUCACUAUUUAUUCCAAUUAUGGAAGAAUUGAAGAUGCUAAACAGAUUUUUGAGACUAUGCCAGUUAAAAGCUUGAUCUCCUGGAAUUCGAUGAUAGUGGGUUUAAGUCAAAAUGGUUACCCGGUUGAAGCACUAUAUCUCUUCAGUAAGAUGAAUGAGAUGGACUUAAGUAUGGACAAGUUCAGCCUGGCUGGUGUGAUUAGUGCUUGUGCAAGCAUUUCUUCACUUGAACUUGGCGAGCAGGUUUUUGCUAGAUCUACCAUGAUUGGCCUUGAAUCUGAUCAGGUUAUUUCUAGCUCCCUUAUUGAUUUCUACUGUAAGUGUGGUUUUGUUGAAAAUGGUAAGAAAAUAUUUGACCGGAUGAUUAAAUGUGAUGAAAUCUCGUGGAAUUCUUUGUUGAUGGGUUACGCUACAAACGGAUAUGGGAUUGAAGGGUUAGAGAUAUUCAAUGAAAUGAGGCGUGCUGGAGUUGUUCCUACGGACAUUACUUUUACAGGGGUGUUGUCUGCCUGUGAUCAUUGCGGACUGGUUGAACAGGGACAGAAAUGGUUUCAUGCAAUGAAACAUGACUACCAUAUUGAUCCUGGGAUUGAGCACUACUCUUGCAUGGUAGAUCUUUUUGCCCGGACAGGUUUUCUUGAAGAAGCUAUGAAUCUCAUUGCGCAGAUGCCAUUUGAAGGAGAUGCAAGUAUGUGGUCGUCAGUUUUGAGGGGUUGUGUAGCCCAUGGAAAUAAAACUCUAGGGAAGAAAGUGUCUGAGAAAAUUAUGGAGCUUGAUUCUGAGAAUUCAGGUGCUUAUGUGCAGCUAUCAAACAUAUUUGCUACUUCUGGAGAAUGGGAAAGAUCAGCACUCAUUAGAAAGAUGAUGAGGGAGAAAAGAAUUCAAAAGUAUCCUGGUCGUAGCUGGGCUGAUGCUCAAUUUUUGGGAAUAACCCUCAGAGGGGUUCAUAUACAAAAGCGCUUCCAAUUCAAUAUGCUUCUGGAUUGUGGUGUGACAUGUACUGAAGCUGAAAUGCAUCCCUUGUCUGCGGCUCUUUGGUUAACAUUGCUAGAAAAUGGUGUAAAUGCAUUGCUUCCUCUUUCUCAUCAUGGGUCUUUUGCAGCAGCAAUAUUGACUGUUUUAUGGUACGGAACUGAAGUCGGUGCAGUGGUUCAACAGCUCUCUGGAUUUGCUUGCCUCUGUGUCAACAAAUGGUGUUCACCAUUGUCCACAGCUAAUCAGUUGGAAUCGCAACUAGAUAAUCUGAAAGAUAUAAGAUUCGACUUCAGCAAAGACAUUCAAAAUCUCAAAGUUGAUGCAGUUGCUAAGCGGGUUCUUGUGAAAUCAAGAUGGUGUAAUGCUGCUCUGGCUCCAACAACUAGCACUGUAGUACCCGAUCAUCGUGUCUAA